UUUUUAUUUUUAGUGGUCAGAAGAGAAGAAGUCAACAUUGGAUUUAAUAUUGAAUAGUGUUUGUUAAUUAUGUUGUAGCGUUUUUGUGAUAAAAGACGAUUCUUCUUGAGUAAGCAAUUGACAUCGUAAUAUAAAAUGAAAAUACCCAUUCUUUUAACAUUCCGGUCACUCUUUUCUAACGUCGGACAUGAGUCGAUUUAAAAGCUUUAGCGUUCCGGAAGAGGCAUUUGAAAAUUUUCAAGCCGCAUCUAUUCAUAAACAAAUGGAUUUGAAUACGCAUAAUAUGUCUAUAACGAUACCGGCUUGUGCAAGCAACGUAGAGAUAUCAUCUACAAUAGAAGAUGAAAUCCAAAGUGUAAACAGUACACCAAUAUGUCAAAACACGACACCUAUGGAACCAUCAAAAAGAUGUUUAGAACAUGAAUCCCGUAAUAUGUUAGAGAAUAUAACUAUCGACAGUACAAUGAAAGAUCAACAAGUGAGCACUACACAAGAAUCUUCUGAAACUGUUUAUGAAGAAGAAGGCUUACAGGAGAAUCUGCAGAAUCAAGUACUUCUUGAAACAAACCUUAGACCCCGACGGUCAAGAAGACGACCACCGAAACGUAAGGUCGGAAGACCAAAACAACAAACAUUACUAAAUAAAAAUCAAGAAAACAACACAUUGCCAAGUGACAAAGAUGAGACUACCGAGGAAAUUCUAGUCACUGAGAACUAUGCAAUGACAGAAAAUCAAGUUGUUGAUAGUACAACAUCCCAAAUACCCAAUGAAACUAAUAUUAAACACAACAAUGAACAACAACAAAAACCAACAGAAAUCAAAAUUAAUAGAGAGGUGGAUGAUGUCUACAGAAAACCUGAAAAUGUUACUAAUUCUAAUAGCGAAGAAGCAAAGAGUGACAUUAGGCAUAGCAAUGAUAGUUUAAAUAAAAUUGAUAACAAUGUGGACACUCUUGAAGUAAACAAAGACAAUAUUGCCCCUGAUUGUGUGGAAGCCAAAGAUGAUAGUAAAAGUGAUGAUGAUCCUGAUGAAAUAUCUUUGAGUAAACUGAAGAAAACAUUAUCAGAACUUGAUAAUGAUACUGCUUUAGAGAAAUCAGAAGACACUGAUUUACAGAACUUAAUUGAAAUUAAAGUAAUUAAAACAAACAAAAAUACUAAAAAAAGGUCAUCCAAAAUGCCAAUUAUGUCAGAUUUUGUAUAUAAUAUUAACAGUACUGACAGCGAAAAAACUGUAGCAAUGCAAACAGACGAACCAACAUUAAUAGAUACUACUUCAGUUGAAAGCUCUAGUGGUAGACCACAGCGUAAAAGAGGAAAAGUUAAUUUACAUUAUGAUGAGGACUCCGAUGAAGAUCCUUUUGCUAAUGUAGAAUCUGAUGAUGACAGUGAGCCUAGAAAAUCCAAAAAAAGUAAGAAAUAUUACUCUGAUGACGAAUAUGUACCAGAUGAAAAGAGUGAAAAAAAAUUAUCAACAGAUAGUGACAUUGAAAAAGAUGAAGAAGAAUUGAAAAAACCAAAAAAAAAGCGAAGCGGUAAGAUUUUAAAGAAAAAACAAAAGAAUUCUGAAACAAUUCUUGACUCAAGUCAGACAAUUGAUUUGUCAUUGACUCAUGAUGAAUCAAAUAAGAAAGAUGAGAAUGGUAUGGAACUCUCUACUACAAAUUCACAUGUAAAAAAGAGUAACAGUAGCUCUAAUUCCUGGGGUAAUACAAAUGAAUUCGAAAAUUUUCUAGCGAAGAGGAUACAAGGUACCAAUUUAAAAAUAAAAAGAGUGACUAAUAAAGAUAACAGUGCAAUCACACAUUUGGAAAUUCCUGUUAUAAAUUCUUACACUAAAACUGCUGAUGUUUAUUCCCAAACAAACACUAUAAAGCUCUCUACUACUGCAGUACAAACCACAUCACAUUUUGAGGUCCAAAUGGACAAAAAUAUACCUCUCACAGCAAUACAAGCAGAAAAAGCAUGUGCAAUUUUAACAGAUAUGGUAAAAGCUACCUCCAAUUUAGGUGAACUGAUGACUCAAAAAUCAGAUGAUUUCAUUCAGAAAAAAAUUAACACCAGUAAUGUUACCGACACAAUCAAAAUGGACCACUAUGUAAAAAAAUCGCUUUUGCUAUUUAAACUUGCCAAAGAUAGUAUAAUGGACAUUGAAGAAAAUUUGGCAAGUAAAUAUGAAGAUUUUUUAAAAGAACAUAAAUUGUCACAGUAUACAUCAGUUCCAAAAGUAUUGACACCUACAGUGGCAUUGAAAGAUAAUGAUAGUGACUGUGAAAUUGUUGAAGAAACUUUAGAUCACAAGAAACAAAAUGUCAAAGGAAAACAUCAGUCGAAAUUUAAUCUUAAGACUGUAUUUCUGAACAAAGAAUUGUCAAUAAAAAUUGCCAAAAAACCAAAUGAGGAACAAAAUAUAAGGAAUAAAAUUAACAUAAAAGGGAAAAAUUCAGUGUGGAUUAGUGAUUCAGUGUUAGUUAAAAAAGUCAAACCAACACAGUCUUUUUUAGCCCAGGACAGCCGAAAUAAAAAACCACCCGAUACAUAUGUUACAAAUGAAAUGGUAAGUGAUUUUUUUAAGAAAUAUUAUCAUGCUAGUGCACUGUCUACUUGUGCAAAUUUGCUAACAACCGAAUGGCAGAAUGGAAAGAAUUUGAAGAUCUGGCAGAAUAGAGUUUGGUGCUAUUACUUUAGUGCUGAACCAACAAAUAUGAACAAUAAUCUUACAUAUUUUGAAAGUUCAGUAAGUGCUGUAAAUAUUAAUGAAAAUACUAAUACAAAUGUAAAUUCUGAUACUGCCACUAAAUGCAUAAAUCCAAAAAGCUUAUUCACAUUAUGCAUUCAGGCUUUACAAACAAAAAUUAUUCCAAAAAAAAAUAAUGUCCAGAGCACAAAAGAAAUCAGACAUAAAAGUGAUGCUAUUACAGAUUUGAAGGCGAUCAAGAAUGCUGAAAAAUUGAGUUAUUUGUGUCUUCAUAAAAUAAAACAUAUAAUUUAUAAUACAAAAUCUAAUGUAAUCACAGUACCGAAAACUAAUAAAAGUUUGCCGGAUAAAAAAACUUACAGUCUUAAAAUGUUGUGCUAUCAUCAGAUUGUUAAACAUUUUUCCAAUUUUAACAUUUCAAGAGAAAGUGACAACACAUGUAUAAGUGAAAAGGAGUGCUGCAAUCCUACAUUUAAAAAAAAGAAUACAUCUAAACUAUUCACUUCUGAUAGAAAAUUACAAUCUGAUGAAAACAUUAAUGCUGAUAAUAGCACUGCCUCAUUAUUGAAAUCCAGGAAUAACUCUACAGUGAAAACAGUUCCACCAUUGCAAACUUUGUGUUAUCACACUAUUAUACAAAACAGGUUUAAAUUUGCAAUUAAAGAUGAGAAAAAUGAAAAACUUCCAUGUUAUAAAGUAAACUCCUUACUUGCCCUGUGCUUAAAAGUUAUAUUGUGUUGGCAAAAAAAUAACAUAAAAUGUAAAAGAACCAAUAAAGAAAACAACAAGACAGUAUCAAAACAAGUUGAAACAUUAUUGUCACUUUCUUUAAAUAUCAUACAAAACACACAACAAACUGAUGUUGGUUGGGUAAAGGACAUAAAUAAACUCAGGCAAGAAAAGAUCUCCGUGUCAAUAAAACAUGGUCAUACCAUUGAUAACAUAGAAAACUGUAAUAACUUGAGUAUGAAACUAAGUAAUCAAAUAAACAACAAAUGUAAAUGUGUUAAAAUUGAACACUUUGCACCUAAGUCCUUAAAACAAAUUGCCCUGUCUUAUCUACAACAUAUUAUGACAUACAGUGAAUAUGUGGAUAGUGGCGAUCUUAAUUCUAAAAUCGAAAAUACAUCAUACAGCUUAACAAAUCAUGAUAAUUGUUUGGAACAAUUUGAAAAUACCUAUGAAGUAGCAAAUCAUUUGGUAGAAUCGGUUCAAUGUGCAUCCAAUUCUAUGUUGGUGAAACCAUUGUUUCAUCUUUGUUUUGAAAAAGUAAAAUUAAUUUACGAUAGUGAAAAUGUACUGAUUCAAAAUUCUGGAUGUAACAGUAUACAAAUAAAUUCUGUGAACACAGUACCCGAAGAGGUGUUUUUUAGUUUUCAUGAUGUAACAUCAAAUCUUGAAGAUUGUAAUGUAAACAGUGGUGAUGAAGAAGGAACUUACGAUGAUAACUUGUUUGAUAAUUGCAAUGAAGAGGAAACCCAAAUAGAAGAUUCUAAUUUUGAAUCCAAACAAUCAUUGAAAGAUAUUUGCUCACCUGCUCAAAAUAAUGAUUUUAAUUAUUUAGAACAUGAAGGAGAUUCACUAAGUGCUGAAAUUAGGAACACAUCAUCAAUAGCUCAAAUAAAAUUAGAACCAAUAGAAAAUGAUAUCCAGGAAAAUGUCGCUGAAAUUAAAAUAGAGCCAGACCUUGAACACACUCUGAUGCCACGAAUUCAAUGUAUACAAGCCGCAAAACUGGAAAAUUUCUUUGAGUCACCUAAUAUCACUAGUGAAGUAUUAUCAACUUUUGGUAAUGACUUUGAUUCUUUCAAAUCGUUACUAAGUCGUAAAGAAAUGGAAAAAGUCAUUGUCGAUAAAAGCAAUCCCGAACAAAAAGUCUUCAGUCAAAGCUCAUUAAGAAUUCGCAGGCAAUUUGAACCUGAUUCUGACGAUGACAACGAUAAUAAUAUGAGCUUAUUAGUACCAAACUCAUAUGAGCCCAUAGAUAACGAAAUUAUUAGAAAUAUCAUGCCAAAUGCAAAUCGUGUCCUGGAAGAAGACGGUAAAAUUGAAAAAAAGAAGAAGAAAAAUGAAAAACGUAUUGAAAAGAAAAAAAAUAAAUCAAAAACUUUAGUUUCGAAAGAUAUUGGUGUGGAAGAAUUACCAUCGGAUGAUGAAAAUGAUGUUAUUCAAGAAAAGUUGCAUGAUAAAAAAGUGCAAGAAGAGGAAGCAGCUGAAAGUUCGGAUGACUCAUUAAACAUGGUUUUGAGUUCAAGAAGAACGAAUAAAUCAAGAAGGAGUAGUGAACAAGAGCUCCAAACCAAAAGUAAACAAAAGUCAACUACUGGUGAAAUACAGUGUAAUGAUGUUGAUUCUACUCAGGAAACAAAUGAAAAUAACGAACCCAAUGAAGAAGAGAAUAUUACAGAACCAGAUUAUACCGGCUUACUGGAAUAUAAUAAAUAUGUUAAUAAUCUUUACGUAAAACUUAAAAACCAAGAGGCGCCAAAUGCGAAAAAGGAUUUAACAGACGCCAUAAGAAACGAACAAAGUCAUGACGAAACAGAAGAUUUAGAUAGACCUUUUUCACCUGCAUUCAAUACUGAUGAACCAGUAGAAUUACUGCAAUGCGAACCUAGCUUGCCAUUCUUAGAUGAUAUAGUCAAGAACAGAAAAAGUAGUAGACCUAUUAAAAACACUGAAUCAUUGAAAUCCAAUGUAGGGCACUUUAUCAGUGACCUUAAGACUUCUGACUCAAAUCAAAAUACUUUUGAUAGAAAAUACGAUGUUAAUAAUGAUAUCAAGUUAUGUCAAGAAGCUAUUGUGGCGUUAGAAAAAUUACCGGAAAAUGUCAUAGAAACUUAUUUUAAAUCUCAAGGUAUUAAAAAGAAAGAAAAGUGUGAAAAUACUUUAGAAAGGGUAGAAAAUGUUCUAUCUUUAGAUCAAAAUAAAAGUAAGAGACCAAAAAUUCCAGACAGGUCCAUUAUACUUGACGACAAGAGUAAUGAUAGUGAUAAUUCAAUGAUACCUUUUGGAGAAGAUUCAAAUAAUGAUAAUGAAUCAUUGCUAGAGCUCCCAAUUUCUGAAAGACUAAAUAAGUCUACUAAUCCUGAAGACUGUGAUGAGAUGGAACUCGAAAAGCUUGUAAAGAAAGAAGAAGAAGAAGAAAACAGAGUAAAAGAAGGAACAUCAGACGAAGAAUUAAAAUAUGCUAAGAGUUUGCGAUCUCGUAAACAUUUAAAGGAGACGAAAGAAGCUAAAACAGAAAAUUGCGAUUCAAAAUCAUAUAAUGAUGACAAUGAUGCAGCUCUGUUGACAGCUGAUAAAGUUAUGAAGAAGGAUCUUUUACUAUUACAUGCACCUGUUGAAGACAAUCAACUUACCACUAAUCCUUCUAAAUAUCCUACAAGAAAUAAAAGAAAAUCAGAUGGCAUUGCGCACAACGAUGAAAUCAACGCGGACGACUACUCUUCAUCAGAGGAAGAGAAGCAAUGGGUGACUACUAAAGAGAAACUUUUAAAGAGGCUCUUAAAGAAACAAGAUGAUACAAGUAUGGACGCGGCGAAGCGCGCUAAAGUUGUUAGCGAGUUUAUAGCCAGAUGUAAAACGAUAGAAACACGCAAACGAUAUACACGGAGUGGACGCUCGAGGAGGAAGAACUUUUUGGAGCGUCAAAAACAACUCAAUGUACUAUCGAAAGAGCUGUUUGGUGAAACAUCAAACGAGACAUAUCAACUAGGGAAAAAGAGUUCGCAGAGCUUUGGAAAGGGCCGGCGUAAUAUCAGAAGGGUUAUAGACAAGAAGUCUUUGGCAAGGAGUACCUUGUUGGCGAACAUCGAAGAAAUUGAACGUAAACGUCGUCUGCUUCAUCGACAGAACAAACUGAGAGAGAUUUUAGGGUGCGAGGAAGGUGUGAACGUUGUUGUAAUAAAUGAUGAAGUGUGCCUUGAAUAUGAUUUUGAAGAAAAUCGACCAGUUGUUUCUGUCCACCCUUUCUUCACACAAGUAAUGAAGGCACAUCAGUACGAAGGUGUGAAGUUCAUGUGGGAUGCGUGUUUCGAGAGUCUGGAGCUGGUGGGUGCGGGGCACCCGGGUGGAGGCUGCAUCCUCGCGCACUGCAUGGGCCUCGGCAAGACGCUGCAGGUGUUGGCGCUUCUGCACACGGUACUAACUCACCCCGGCGUGGGUAUGCAGAGGGUGCUGGUGGUCUGUCCGCUCUCUACAGUACUCAACUGGGUCGACGAAAUAAACAAAUGGAUGGGACCCGUCAACGACAAUAUAAAGGUGUUCGAACUAUCAAAGUUGAAAAAGACGUACGAGAGAGCAUAUCAACUAGAAGACUGGUACACUGGUGGCGGUAUUUUUAUCAUGGGGUACGAAAUGUUCAGGAAUCUUUCCACAUUGGAUGCGAUACUGGACAAUGUACGACUGACGAUUGUCAACAAAAUACGUACCGCAUUAUUAGACCCUGGCCCUGAUAUCAUAAUAUGUGAUGAAGGACAUCUUCUGAAAAACGACAGUUCAGUACUCGCGGUGGCCAUCAGUAGAAUUACUACCAAACGGAGAAUUGUACUAACUGGAACGCCGAUGCAAAAUAAUCUCAGAGAAUAUUAUUGUAUGGUAAAUUUUGUGAAGCCAAAUUUACUCGGAUUGUAUUCCGAGUACGCGAACAGAUUCGAAAAUCCCAUUAUGAACGGGCAACACCGGGAUUCUAGAGAAGAAGAUAUAAAGCUAAUGAAAGCGCGAACACACAUCUUGCAUAAAGUUCUAGAAGGUUGUCUCCAACGGCAAGAGGCUGCAGUACUUUAUCCAUAUUUGCCAAAGAAACACGAAUAUACAGUGUUUAUACCAUUAACGAAGUGUCAAACGGAUUUGUAUAAACAUUAUUUGAAACAUUACACAAAAGAAACCAAACCCAAUUUAUUAAGAGAUUAUCACAUCCUACAGAAGAUAUGGACCCAUCCGCAAGUGCUUCACAAUUUUCAAUUGAAAUCUCGUGACGCUAACAAAGUCAAAGUGGAAAAACUAGAAGACGACCUGGCGUGUGAAGAUCUGACUGCGAGUGAGGACGUGAAGCCCUCGCAGACGGAAGUCUGGUGGCUGGAGUACUUGGAGGGUGGCAACAUGUUAGAGUCCUUGGAGAGCUCCAAUAAACUAUACGCUGUGUUUCGCAUACUCGACGAGUGCAUCGCGCUUGGUGACAAGUUGUUAAUAUUCUCAACGUCAUUGUUCACGAUGGACGCGCUGGAGUACUUCUUGAAGAAGAUAAAAAACUGGAGCCUCGGGCACGAGUACUACAGACUGGACGGGUCCGUGCCCGCAGAGGUGCGACAGAACUGGUGCCGCGAGUUCAACUCACCCAACAACCUUACAACCAAUUUGUUUCUUAUAUCGACGCGCGCCGGCUGCCUAGGGUUGAACAUGACGACGGCGAACCGCGUCAUAAUCCUCGACACCUCGUGGAAUCCCGCCCACGACAUACAGAGCAUCUUCCGCGUCUACCGCUUCGGACAGAAGAAGGACUGCUAUAUAUACCGACUUGUUGCCAUGGGUACAAUGGAGCAGAAAAUAUACGAACGAUCGGUGACGAAGCAGGCGGUGGCAUGCCGAGUUGUCGACUCGCAGCAAAUCGACCGCCACUACAACAUGGACGAGCUCACUGAGCUGUACAAGUUCGACGAGACGGGUUCGAGUGUGGAGAGCGGUGUGGCGGCGGGUGUGACAGACGUGGCGCUGCUGCGUGUGGCACGUGACGCGCCGCUGCACGCCGUGUACGAGCACGACUCGCUGCUGCGCGACUCGCACGACCAGCAACUGCCCGAGCACGAGCGUGCCGCCGCCUGGAAACAGUUCGAGAUGGAGCAGGGGCACUCGCAUAUGGCAAACCUUGAAAAUAAUUUAUUAAAAACACCAACAAAAAAGAUUCAUGGACACGAUUACGCUAUGUCUCCAAGUUUGGCACUAGAUAAAACAAAUGAUGCAAAUACGAAACCAAAAGGAAAAAGAGGGAGGAAGUCUAAACAAAAACUUCUAAAAGAUAUGUCUAAUGAAGAAAAUGUCGAAGAAAAUCUUGGUAAAAGGGAAGAAAACCCAUCUUGCGAUCAAUUUAAUUUAACAACAGAGGUGCAACAAAUAAAAAAUAUUUUAGUACAACAGAACGUAGACAAUGAUUUUAGUGAUAUAAAUGAAGUUGAAAAUUUGGUAAACCAUGUGCAAAAAGUAGUCGACGCUCGCUCAAAAGGUGAAAGAUGCUAUGCCUCCCCUUUAGUGGAUAGUCUGGCAAAAGUGUUUCUUCAAAUGAAAGGUAAUGACUUGGCCACUAAAAGUGAUCAAACGCCAACCACAUCAGUUGUUGAUGAAGAGGAACAUGCCACGAGCGAAGAGAAUCACAAAGCUUCCAAGAGCAAUAAACGGAAACUUCAAAUUGAUAUUAAAACAAACAAAACAAUCCAUGAUAUAGAAGAAGGUGAUAGCGUUGAAGAAAUUAAAAAGAGAAAAGCAGCUGUCAAAGCAAAAGAAAAUAUAAAUUCAUUAAAUUUAAAAGAUACAAAAGAUACUGAAGAUUGUGAAGACGAAAAUUGGUCGCAAGAAGAAAAUACUGGCACUUUAGAUACGAGGCAAAGUAAAGGGAACCAAAAAGACUCUGAUGAUAAAUUUGACCAGGCGAUAGAUUUACGAUCGGAUGAUGAAAUAUCUGUUGAAGACGAUAGUAAUGCAGACAAAACUGAGAAGUCUCAGAAAACAGUUAUGGUAGAAAUACCCGAUGAUGACGACGCACCUUUGAGGAGUAUCAUUUUGAGCGAUGAUGAAACAGUCGUAGAAAUUGAUAAAUCAGAAGCGGCUAAGAAUACAAAAGACUGCGAUAAACUUCAAGAUAAUGAAAACGAACGGAUACCUUUGCAUGCGUCUCUAUUAGAGAAUCAAUAUUUUAUUAAUAUGGUUGCCUAUAAAUAUAUGGAGGGAAAUCCCGUAUUGGAUAAAGACGCUGCACUUCACGCGGCUCGUUAUAGUACACAAAAAGCUUUGAAAGAAAUGCAGGAAACUGGAAAGGAAUUGUACAGUGGUCCGCUCUAUGAUAUAGCUGUAAACUCAAUAGGCAUGGUUACAUUAAAGCAACUUCAGAACGUUUCUAAAAAGUCUAAACCCGAGUCAGAUUCAACGAAACAGAACAAAGAUUCAUCCAAAAUAGAACAGUCAGCUUGUCAACCUGAACACAAUGAAGGGAAGGGUGACGUCAAUAAAAGCAAAAGAGUGUAUACAAAUAAAGUCAAACAAAAAUCGGAACAAACCAAAGAAAGUGUUAGCUCAAAAAGACAAGAGAGAAAAAUCUCAACGGAUUCCGAUGAUUUAGUACUAGUAUCAGAUGAAGUAAUUUGCGAAAAACCGAAAACUAAAAAAUCGGUUAAUACCAAAACACAAGAAUCUCAGCGUGAAUCUCUCAACUCUGAUGCAAAUCAAAUCAAUAAAAUUUUGACCCAAUCGUCGACGCCUGCGCCUGCGCAAGCCACCAGCAAAGAGCUUGGCACUUCUUCAGUAUCUAAUCUUCGUAUUGAACAAGAUCUGGUAGUACCUAUUCAACUGAUCAAAAGCUCAUCGAAUUCAACAAUAACAAUGACUAGACCAACAACACCUCUAACUGAGGAAUGCAUUCUGCCAGAUGACGAUGAUGACGUGUGCUAUGUCAACGACACCCCUCCGACUGCAUCAACCAGCAAAAACACCUCAUCCUCACUACGCUCCGGAGAUACAUAUCCUCAGAAUAUAACAGCACCCAUUACACCGACAAAAUCAAAUGUACAACCAACUAUCGUUCCAGAUAAAGUUCUUUGCCUCCCUGAUGAAAAUCCUAUAUCCUCUAUGGAUUUAGACAAUGAAUUGGCGGAAGCUAUCAAGAGUAUAGAUAAUGAAAAUAAAAAUGAAAAUUCUGACACAAUAUGCUUAGACAGCGACGAUGAAGAUGACAUUGUCGGUUCUAAAGAAACACAAGCGACAACCUUAAGUACAGCUACGAGCUCAAAACCCGAUCCGCCGCCACCCAAUCCUGUGUUCAUAUCGGUGACACCCACACAUACUAUUGCCAUGUCACCCACUAUGACUAGUAAAACAGUGAACAGUCAAGCUAAAAUAUCGAAGAGUACCAUCGUUAACACAACUAUAGGAAUAAAUAAACCAUUACCUAUUCCUACUCCUUCUUUCUCUCAGUUACAGUGUUCAACUAAUAAUAUGUCCAGUCUGGUAAACACAAGUGCAAACGGUUUUUGUAUACCCGGUGAUGUGAUAAAGAUAAAUCAAUAUGGUGCAAUAUAUUUGUUAAAACCGAACCAGACGUCCGUUACGAGACUGUUGACAAAUCCAACGCCGACAACAAUACCGAGCACACCCACCAUUUCAACAUCAAACUCGAAAAUUGGUAAAAUAGCAAUUAAAGCUCUUAAAAUAAAUAAACCUCCGACUAAACCAAAAAGGAAUAGUACGAGAAAGGCCACGUCUAUGCCCCGGAAAGCUGAACAAAUCAAACCAAGUUCUCACCCACAGAUAGCACCACAACUAACAAUAAUUCCACUACAAGCGACGAAAACACAAGCAAAAUCAUCUGUGAACUCUGAAAAGGGAAAUAUUGGACUAUAUUACCCGAACAAGAAAGUUAGAGCAUCAGUUUCGAAACGAAGUAAUGAAGUUAUAACAGAUUGUCUGGAUCUGACAGAUGUUGACGAAAAUGACGUUAAAAAGACCGCAGCUAAUAAAAUUACAGCUACGAAUGUUCUACCUCACACAAGUAACACCAAGACCAGUAACACAGUGGUUGGUUCGCCCAAAGAUUUCAUGAUCGUACGCUCCGGAGACAAGACGAAACUGGAAAUAACAACAUCACGCAAACGUAAAGAACCUACGAUGCCCGCACUCGUUCCAUUUGACUUCAAGAAAAAACUAACAUCAGACGUUGCCGGUCCUUCGAAGAAGACGAAAAUAACACCUUUCAAAAAGUUAACAUUGCAUGACUUCAACAUAGACAAAAUCGAUGAAGACAUUAUAGAACUUGAAUAGGUUUAUUUUUUUUAUUUGUUAUAAUUAAAUUUAAAGAUUUUUUUAGGUAAAAAAUCUGCUUUCCAAUUUAAAUGUGCUCAUAAAACUGGAAGAAGUUGGUUGAAAAGAUUUCUCAAAUAUAACCCUGUGAUAUAAUUAUCUAUACUAGUUCUAUUUUUCAUUAUCGGUUUUCGAAUUAUUUAGGAUAAACCAAAAUUGAACGAUCGAUGUGAAGUUGUGCAUACGAAUUAAUAACAAGUGAAUGAACGGAACGAACACUAAUCGUGGGUUUCUGGGACCAAAAUAC